AUGAUGGCCUAUCCUCGUCAUCCUUUUGUUGAUUAUCCAUUAAUAAAUAAACCUAAUGAAUUAGUUCAAAACAAUAACCAACUAUUAUUAACAAGAGAAUUUUUAGAAAAUAUAGAAAUUCAUCCUAUUUCUCCUACCAAAAGAGAUAAAGAAGUUACUGAUAAUAAAAAACCAAAAAUCCUUGAUGAUGAAUUUAAGAAAUCUGAGCAAAGAUAUCCUAAAAUUCGAGUGUCAUUAGAAGUAUUUAAUCAAUUAAAACAAAUUCAAAAACAAAAAAAUUAUAAAUCAUUUUGUGAAGUUGUUUCUAAACUUCUUGAAUUAUAUGAAGAACAUGACACUUCAUCGUUAAGUAAAAGUACUGAUUAA